GAGAAAGUCCCACUGCGGAGUCGGCUGCGAGAUGAUGGGGGGCUCCUGCGGAUUGGACUUGGGGGUCCUCCUUGGGGCGGCAGUGCUGGCGGUGCUGGUCUCCCCUCCGGAGGUGCUGGGCGUGGAGGAGCCGCCAGAGCAUUUCCUCUUCCAGAACAAGGGCGAGUGCCACUUCUCCGCCUCCUCCGCCAACGGGACGCUGCAGCGCAUCCGCUACCUGGACCGCUACUUCUGGGGCCGGCAGGAGCUCUUUUACUUCGACAGCGACCGAGGGAGGGUCGUGGCCGUGGCUGAGCUGGGCGAGCCCGAAUUCGAAGCCUGGAACAAGGACAAGGAUGUCCUGCGCACCGAGAUGGCCAACGUGGAGGUCUUCUGCCGGCACAACUACGCGAUCCACGCGCCCUUCGCCCACGCCCGCCGCGUCCAGCCCAAGGUGAAGAUCACACCCACAGAGGAUGACUCCUCAUCGCACAACACUUUGCUGAUUUGCACCGUGGCCGGCUUUUUCCCUCCAAAGAUCGAGAUCAAGUGGUUCAGGAACGGGAAGGAGGAGACCAGAGUGUGGACCACAGACGUCACCCGGAACGGGGACUGGACAUUCCAGAUCCAGGUGAUGCUGGAGGCGCAGCCAGAACGCGGAGACGUCUAUGCCUGUCAGGUGGACCACACCAGCUUCGAGGGCCGCGUCACCGUGCAGUGGGAGCCACAGUCGGACUCCACCAAGAGCAAGAUGUGGACGGGGAUUGUGGGGAUUGUGCUGGGGCUGGUCUUUGUGGCAACCGGACUCACCCUCUACCUGAAGAACAAGAAAGGGCGAUCCAUCCCUCAGCCUGCAACGCUCAUCAGUUAGACUUCGCUGCUCCGUGGGGAUCCCCCGAUGUGGAGGAGCACUUUUCUGUCCCCUCCCUCGGCGAGUGUCUGCCUGUCCUUGCUCUGAAGAUGCAGACUUUUGGAGGUGACAGAGGGGCUGGAGAAGACCCUUCGCAGAGACAAAGCCACUCCCUCCAGAGCCCCACAUGUCUUCCGCCUUUCAUGUCUCCUUUAGGGGGGGAGAAGGGAAAGGGGGGUCCUAUUUGGUGUUUUCUUCCAGCUCUGUAAGCCUGGCUGAUCUUUCUGGCACAUGUCUUCUAGAUCUAGAGUCUUGUGCACUCCCUGCUGGGGGUGGGGCCUGAACUGCCCCUUAAAACAACAAAGGAUCUACUGAUCCCAUAAGGACUUUUAGUCUUUAAAGCAGGGAAGGGGAAUUUCAGGCCUGGGGGAGAGGUCAAAUGCGGCCAUCCAGACCUCUCUGUCUGGCCCUUGAAGCUCUCCUUUAGCCACCAUUCCCCCCCACGCCACACCCCUCACUAGCCUCAUUUUGCCCCUCCCUGAGAGCUUCUGCCUGGCUGGAGCCCCCCUACCCCCUGAUAAUGGCUAUACUUUCUUUGGAGGGGGAGGGGGAGGGGCAUGUCUGAGAGAGUGCAUAAACCAUCCUCCUAUUCAAAGGUUAAAUUUGCAUUCUGUGCUCCACCCACUUUUGCCUCUGGCCAUGCCCACCUCUAGUAUCUGGCCCCUGGAAGGUUACCCAGAAGGGAAGCGGCCCUUGAGUUGCAAAAAGUUCACUUUCAAGGGCUGCAAAAGUCUUGGCUGCUCUUGUGGACUGAUACGGCUGCCACCAGCUCUCCGGGUUACAAGGAGAUUGCCUCACGAUCAGCCUAGUUCGAUGUUGCCUUUACUAUAAUGUCUGCACUGACCAGCAGCAUCUGAGGAGGGCCAGGGGACGCUUGUGGGUCAGCCCUCUUUCUGCCUGGCCGCCUCCUUCUCCUUCGGAUCCGGAGUCAAUGUCUGGCCACCCACUCCUGGACAAAUGCUGCAAGUCUGAAGCUCCCACUUUCUAGAUUGUUGUGGGGGAAGGACUCUGCAUUCCUCCCCCAGACCCUGAGGAUGAGCCCCCCCAGGCAGAGAUGUUAGUUCUCCAUCGUCCUAGGAGCAUCUUUGCUCAGGCUGGCAAAAGCGCGAUCCACUUGGGGAGAUGGGAGGGCUUUGCUCUGCCCUCUUUUUAAGACCCAGAGAGGGUACUCUAGAAGGGCUUGCGGAGGGGGCAGCGUGAAGGGUUAUUUUUCUGUUUCUUUUUGUGAAUGUUUCUGUUUGACAGAUGAAAAACUGGAAAUGGACUGCCUUCAAGUGAUCCCGACUUAUGGGGAUCCCCUGAAUAGGGUUUUCAUGGCAAGCGGUGUUCAGAGGGGAUUUACCAUUGCUUCCUCUGAGGCUGAGAGGCAGUGACUGGCCCAAGGUCGCCCAGUGAGCUUCAUGGCUGUGUGGGGAUUCGAACCCUGGUCUCCCAGGUCCUAGUCCAACACUCUAACCAGCACACCACACUGGCCCUCUCACCUCUCUUUAAACAGAAUAUAUUUUCAAUUUGCAUGAGGGGGGAAUUAUCCUGCCAUUUCUCCCCCACACCCCAUGUAUAAAACUUUAAAGUUUAAAGCAGUGGUUCUCAAACCUGUUUUGUUCGCAGUGUGCUGUAAAACAUAUAAAAAAUUUCUGGCACACUUUGUGUACAAAAUUACAUACUUUCAUAAUAUCUGCGGCACACCUAGUCACCUCUUGCGGCACACCAUGUGGUGUAGUGGUUAGAGCGUUGGACUAUGACCUGGGAGACCAGAGUUCGUGUUGGAAGUGGGGCAAGAGCAUCUCCUGUUUUCUUCUUUUGUUUAAGCUCCAGAAGGGAGAUAGAGCGAGGGUCCUUCAGAUGGAGAGGCUUGUUUACCUUUACCUGCGAUGCUCUGACUGACUUCCUUCGCUUGUUAGACUGAUACGUCUGAAGGGAAUCUGACCUGCCCCUCCUCCUUCUGCCCUUUCCUCUCUUCUCUUUCCCAACUGAUACCUGCAAGACCGUCUUACCCCUGAUAUACCCAGCCGAUCACUGCGCUCUGCAGGUGGGGGCCUCCUGCAGAUACCAUCUUAUCAGCAGGUCCGCUCUGCACAAUAUAGGAAACGGACCUUUAGUGUGGCAGCACCUACCCUGUGGAAUUCCCUCCUCUUAAAUAUUAGACAGGCGCCAUCUCUGUUAUCUUUUUGGCGCCUUUUGAAGACCUUCUUUCAACAAGCCUUUGAAGUUGAGACCUUAUCCCAGUCUGCGUCUGUGUUGGAACUGCUUUUUAAUAUGUUUUUAAACCUUUUUUUUGGUAAUGUUCUUAACCUUUUUAUAAAAAAACAUUUUUUAAAAAAACCUUUCAAAACUUUUUUAGAGAUGUUUUGUUUUAAUUUUACAUUAUUUUAAAUUCUGUUUUUACGAUGUUUUCAAGUGUUUUUAGUGCUUUUGUUUGUCCUCAUGGGCUCUGGCUGGGAGGAAGGGCAGGAUAUAAAUCAAAUAAAUAAACAAAAGCCUGGGUAGAAAGGUUUUUGCCUGCUGCCCAAAAAUAGAUCAUGAUGGUGCCAGGUGUACCUUCCUUGGGAGAGCAUCCCACGAGCAGGGAGCCACCACUGGAAACUCCAUGGGGCAGUGGAGGCUGACUUACAGCAAGAAGAUUAAAACCAAUCACAAAGAACAAACCCAUUAAAACAACAAACACAACACUAUCCAAAAACAGAUCAAUACAAAUCAAGGCAGGUCUUCCCAGACCUGCUGCAUUAAAAGAGACCACCCAUACCUGAAGCCCUUCAAAUCAAGGGCCAAAAGCCAGGGUAAAAAGGAGAUUUCUGCCAGGUGCCCAGAGAGCUAUUGCUAGUCGGGCGGUAUAUAAGUUUAAGAAAUUAAAUAAAUAAAUAAAUAAAUGAUGGCGCCUGGUGUAGCUUCCCGGGGAGAGCAUUCCACCCAAAAUUGCUCCCAACUCCACAGUCCUGGAAAGGGCUGUAAAUGUCUUUUUAAAUUGGAAGCUCUCGUAGGAGCAUUUUUAUCGCUGCCUGAAUAUGCGCUGAUCUCGGCAUCACAGCAUCUCUCUUCAUCUGGGUCCUGUGUCAUACACUGACACACAAAAUAUUUUCCAUCCUGAGUUAUGGUGAAAUGCUCAACUACAGCUGACAUCAUGGGAAGCUCCUAUGACAUUUUGAAUUGACAUUUUAAAAAAUUUGUCAAUCAAAAUUUAUUUUGAAGCCAGAUUCGGAGUCGGUACAUUUCUACUGACUCCAACUCCACCCAAAACUGCUUCCGACUCCCAGAGGCGCCCCUAGGCACCAGGAAGCGGGGAAGUUGCCCCGGGCCCCGCGCUUUGCCCCCCCCCCCAUAUUCUGAACUUGGCGAUCUGCGCCCCCACUCCCCACCUCAAAGAAACAAACAAACACAAAGGCAAGCAUGGCGGAACUGCCUGAAGAAAUCUACACCUCCCAUCAGCUCCCGAGGAGGCCCUCUCUCUGGCGUCAUGCAGCAUCCCCUCUUCUGCAGUCACUGCACGGGGAUUUCCCCUGCUCUCUCUUCGCUGGUGACACGCAGCAACCCCGCAGCCAAUGGGCGUGGAGGGGGCCCCCUGCAGCAGAGCGCAGCAGAAAGACGCCCUCGGAUCCUUCCUGCAGGAAGGGCGGGCAGGCAGGGAGGCAUGGCCCUAAACAGCAGGGGGAACCCAUUUGAGAAUGACGCAGGGAAUCCCUUCCAGGUGCCUCCUUCCCACUCCGUGUGACGCUCGUUCGGGGUAAAAUAGGCACUUACCUCGGUGUUUGAUGCAUACCGAGGUAACAUGGGUCAUUCUUAGUUUGGACAUUAAACUCUGCUUCCUGCAACCCGUCUCCUGCCCGUCUUUUUACGAUGCCUGUGCCUGCCCUCGCUUCUUAGUUCACCUCGGUUUUAAGCAGAGAGGUUCAGCCUCCACUUCCCCGGUAAGUCAGGGGUGGAGUACAGUAACUCGGGAUCCUCCUUCCUACCUUUGGCUCGUCAGCUGUUGGUUGUCCUUCCCCCUGUUGCUGGGAUUGCUGGGUGCUGUUCGCUCUCCACCCACUUUUAAGAAAUCAAUCAGGGCCUUAAGGGGGAAGCUCAGGGGCAGAGCAAUCUGCCUUGCACGCCGAAGGUUCCAGGUUCAGUUCCCGGCAUCACCAGACUUGGCAGGAGGAGACUGCCUGUCUGAAACACUUUAUUCCGAUAAUCUUUUGCAAACUGCUCUGAGAGCCUUUGGGGCUAUAAAGCAGGACAGAAGAAUUAUACCUAAGUGCCCUUGAGAAGUGAAAAGGGGCAGGCAGCGAUACCACAUCGGGCAGCCUACAAGCCAGGCAAAGGACUUCCCUCCCAUUCCAGUCUUUUCCACAGCAUCUGGGUCUGACAACAUAGGAUGAAGGAACGGGAAAGGGGAAAAAAUCUUCUAAAUAAAUCGUAUUCACAUGCCCUUUUCUUGCCUAAUUUAAUUUAAUUUAAUUAAGUUGUCCGUCCUGGCCACACAUGCCCAAAUCCUAUUUCCUCCCAAAGUGCUGCACCCUCAUCCCCCUUCCUAUAUUUUAUUGUAAGUAAGCCAAAGCAACUGUCAAUGAAAUAAUCGCAUAUUCUUCCCAUGCCUCCAUCCUCCCUCUCUCCGUUGUCCCCCUGGGUCUGUCUUAGAUUGUCAGUCUCCCCUUGAGGUUUGGACCUGUUAUCUCUGUUCUUUGUACAUGCGUAUAUAUUUCAUUGACUCCACUUCUGUCCACGUGGUGAGGAGUGGUACUUCCGUUGCCCACCCAUGAGGGCCCCCGAUCUCUUCUGUGUGGAAAAUACAGGCAUGGAGUACUUCUACAUGUCCACCACAAGCAAGACUGUUUUGCUUUGGGGAAGGUGAACAGAGCUUUUGGACCUUUAACAGCUGCAGUGACAGGCAGCCAUUCAAUGGGUGAAGAUUUUGUGCAAUUUCUAUGCUGGGUGAAAGCUUGACCUGUUGAAUAUAUAUAAAUAUAUAGAGAGAGAGAAAGAAUGGGGGGCAACUAUGCUUUUGCCCUGGGCCCCACACAUGCUAAGGCCAGGCCUGCCGACUCCGACUCCACAACUCGGACUCCACAUCCCUGCUCCGCACUUCCCUCAGAAGUGGCACACGGAGAAGGGCCUCCGAUGAAGAACAGAGUCCAGGUUGGUUCAUGUGGGGCGGGGCAGUCCUUGAGGUAUUGGGGUCCUGUACCAAACAAGGCUUAAUAGGUCAAAACCAGCUCUUUAAACUGAGCCUGGAAACUAAUUCGUAGCCAGAGCGAAGGUCCUCGUCCUCUCUUUGUGGGGCUGCACCUUACGUUGGGUCCAGCAGCCGUGGCUUGUGCAAAAGGCCACGCUUUGCCUGCUGGCUGGAGGCACCAGGCUGUCAUGAGGUUAAUCCUGGGAAGUGUAUUUUGUGAAGGGUGCUGAGAGGAGACUCCUAUGCCCCUGACAGAGCUGCAGUGGCCACAGUGGUUUAACAGUCAGGUGCUUUGAUUGAAGCUCUAUGAGGGGAACAGAGGCUCUCCUAGCAACUCUCAGUCAUUAACUACACCUCCCAGGAGAUGCCAUGAGUCAGUAUAUACCAUAUGCCCGUCCUGAUCUAAAAUGCAGUCUAGGGUUUAUUCACCUAGACAAGACUUGGGCUCUUCCCACCCCCUCAGUACUUGGCUUUUAUUUCACUUUCUAAGCAAUGGGCCAAGAUAAGGGAAGCUGGGAUAAAGCCAGCCAUAGCUGGGUGAAGCUCCUGAGGGUGUGUUCAGCUGACAUGUAGCAAAGACUGUUGGGAAGGUGUUUCCUCUAGACGGUGGCCGAGUGACCGCAUGCAGCGAGCACAACCAAUCUACACUUGCUACCCCACCAGGGAGACAAGAUUCAACUAACACUUCUCUGAGGCUUGCCUGGAGUAGCCCACAGCAAGCAAAGAUGAUACUCCCACAUAACACGGAGGGCUAUAAAAAGGCAAGAAAUCCAAGGCAUUUCACCAGUGCUUUUUAGCCUGGUCGAAGAUACUGCUGUUGAAGGUCUGAGUUUCAUCUCACAUAUUGGGUGAGCCAAUUCAGUUUUUUCUGGAUAUAAAAA